AUGAGCGACCAUAGCACGCCGCCAAGCCCUUCCAGUGCUCCCAGUGCUCCCAAGCCCGGAUACAAUAAUGCGCCAGGUGAUGCAUUACCUCUUCAUCUCGCGGAUGAGGACAGGCGGCCACGCCAAAAGCGUUGGACAACCAGAUCCAGGACUGGGUGCUUGACUUGUCGUGCACGGCGCGUUAAAUGCGAUGAGUUGCAGCCAGUUUGUUUGCAAUGUCGAAUAGCCAACCGCUCAUGCGUUACCGCCGCGACCCCUACAUCCUUGGUUCCGGCGACUCAGCAGCACCUCCGACCAGAGGCUUGGGGGACGAUAGAUGUCAGCUUGCAUCAGUAUUUCGUCGCAAAAAUAGCCAAUAUUGCCUCCGACGAAUUCAACGGCGAUUUCUGGCAGCGCUCUGUUCUCCAAGUUAGAACAGCUCUGCCGGCAGUUCGCCAUGCCAGUAACGCUGUGGCUUGCUUGAAAUGGACGCGGAACGCCAGAGCCAACCUGAGCCACAUGUUUAGGCAGACGCUGGAAACGGAGAGCGGGCGACAGUAUGCAGCAUCCAUGAAAUGCAUCGUCGAUAUCAUACAAUCACCCUCGCCCUCGCCAGAAGAAAAGACAACGGUCCUGCUGGCGAGCGUCUUCUAUUAUAGAUACUCCCUCGAUUGGGAGAACAUCCUGGCUAUUGUAGCCAAAAAUUACCACAUACAGAUCGCUGUUCUGGACGUGAGGCAUGCGUUGGCCAGCCUCUUGUUUAAAAUCAAUUUGGAAGAGUUUGGUGCUCUCUGGAGCGAGACUUGCUGGGACCGCCUUGAACAUGACUUUGCCAUCGUGUUGGGUCUUAUCGAAUCAGUGCUCACCAAGGCCACCGAUCCUGCGAGCCAGGCCUAUCGCGACAUAAGCUAUACGCCAUUUCUCUACAAGUCGCUCACUUUCAUUGCCAGAUUCUGUCGCAGCUCGGCUGUGCGGCACAAAGCAGCCGGGAUCCUGGGCCUGUCGUAG